AUGCCGGUGACACCUACACAAUUCGCGCGGACGACGCGGACGUCGGCCAAUUGGAGCGACGCAAGACGACGAGUCCUGGCGGCUUAUCGAGAAUGGAUACGAGCGGCUCCUGAAAUCCAGACGAUGUACUCGAUCCCCUUCCCUGUCUCCGUCAUCCGUACACGAAUGCGACAGGAGUUUGAGCGCCAUAGAUUCGUCGACAAGCUACCGGUAGUCGAUGUGCUCCUUGUGCAGAACAACGCAGAAUAUCAGGAAACCAUGAAUUUCUGGAAGCAGACUACACAUGUCAUGUCUUAUUUCCCUAGCGAACACUUCCGAGGAGCCGACAGACUACCGAAGAGCUUUAUGCAGGGUUUCUUAGAGGCAACAAGACCCGAAGUCAAAUCCUAG